AUUGGGGAUUCUAUUUAUUUGUCCUCUUUACACGCUGGCCUUUGACGCCUCUGAUACUGUACCGUCCUGCUUGCUACCUACCUGGUAGGUACUCUUACACGUUCUUCGCUUAGCUGUAGGGCAACUAUCGAGCACCUGGACGUCUUCAUAAUUUGCGUCGAUUUCUGCCAUGUCCCCUCCCUAGGAUACUGUCUAUGCCUUGAACAUCUCAUUCAAUCCUCCGACCUCCUUUCGAGACAGCCUCGUCACCAUGCGGCCUUCUACACUACCUUGGAGAUUCGCUGCAGCAGGGCUGUUGCCCCUAGUACUGCUCAACUCAUUCGCGCGCUCCUCUGCUUCCAUCAACGUCGCCCUCGAGACCUCUUUCUCCGCCGCACCCUAUCUGGUCGAAUUGCUUGAAACGGCUGCUUUGGAAAACUCCUCCUCUUACUUCCCUCUCCUCGAUCGCAUAGCAGACGGUGCUUUCUCAGACUUACAAACCGAGAAAGAGCUGUACAGUAAAUUCAUAGACGUGUUACAACAUGAUGGCCACCUUUCGAAUCCAGAGUCUCUGUCGUCGUUCAAGUUCGCUCUGGCUCUUCAUGCAGCAGCACCUCGCGUCGAAGCCCACUUUCAGUACUACAAUACAUCGGUCCAACCUCAUUUGAUGGCGGCGCAGGAUGCCGCAUGUCCGGUAUGGGUGUAUCUUGCUGGCCAGCAAUACUGUUCACCAGCCCUGGACCAUGCUCAACAGCCGAUUCCUCUGCCAGAUGUAGACGACGAGCUUCCCUUCGACCACGUGCUGGGAGGCAACUCUGAGGGCCCGUCGUCCAUACUCUAUGCAGACAUUACCCAUCCAAUAUUUGGUGAAUUCCACCGGAUUGUCAGCCAGACCGCUCGUGCAGGACGAUCCACAUACAGAUUGCGGUAUCGGCCGUCAAGUCUGUCGGGUAACAGACCUCUGUAUGUCAGCGGCUAUGGUGUUGAGUUGGUGCUCAAGCGGACAGACUAUAUCGUUAUUGACGACCGGGAUGCCCAGCUAACCGACGCCGCUGAAGCCGCGGACAUUUCCCUGGAGCAAAUACAAGAAGAUGAUUUGACGGACUUGAAACCUUUGACGUCUUCGGAGGUGGUCAGUCUGGGAGUUAAUGCGGCCAGUUUCAUUUCAUCGAGUUCGGAUCCGUUUGAAAGCCUAUUGCAGAUCUCGUCCGAUUUCCCUCGGUAUUCCUCAGUGCUUGCAUCGGCCAAUGCGAGCAAAGAAUUUGUGACUGAGCACAGAGCAAAUCGAGAGAUGUUUCUGCCAUCUGGCUAUAACGUCUUCUGGAUCAACGGCGUUCAGAUCGAGCCACGUCAGAUCAAUGCGUACUCCCUCCUUGACCAUCUGCGACGAGAAAGGCGGAUUAUAAGCGACCUUCAGCAAAUUGGACUGACCUCAUCUGAAGCCAUUAGCCUCAUUUCCAGCGAAGUCAUAGCCGAGGCACAAGCAAAUGAGUCUCCUCAACGUUUCGACUGGCGAGAUGACACAGAAGACGAUCAGGUUCUGAUGUGGAUGAACAACCUUGAGCAGGACAAAAGGUACGCGGCAUGGCCUUCGAGCUUACGAACAUUAUUUCAGCGAAUGUACCCAGGUCAACUACCUCAAGUGGCUCGUGAUAUUCACAACCUCAUUGUACCAAUCAACAUAACAAAUAUCAAGGAUAUUGAGCUUGCCGCGACCGCAUUGCAGAAUCUUGUCAAACGAACAGUGCCGAUUAGAAUUGCCCUGGUUCCGGUCGGCACCGGCGAAGCGGCUGACCUCUAUUCGAGAUUAUCGUACCACUUACUGGAUAAUUACGGCCUGAGCACGUUGAUGGCUUUCUUUACCGAAGUCGCUUUAACCAAGAGAUUACCGACAAGCCCGGGAAAGAUCUUUACCACCGUUAUAAAGGAGCACUCGCUUCGCGAGGGCAAAGAACAGAUUUCGUACGAAGAGGUCUUGAAAGACGAAUCACUGAAUUCACGCCUCAAGGCACGAGACAGCUACGUCGAACGGCUUGCCCUGACAGGCUCAACCCUUCCAUUUAUCGUCAACGGAGUUGUACUGCCACGCGGUGACAACUGGUUCGAAGUUAUGAGUUCACGCGUCUUCUCGGAUCUGCAAAUGUUGCAACAAGCUAUAUAUGAAGGUGCAGUACUGGAAGACGCCUGGGUACCUGCUGCCUUUCUCUUCGAUGCUGCUACACGACGAAAUGAGAUUGUUUUUCCCAGUGACCCGAAGAAUGUCCACAUAGUUGAUCUGAACCGCCUUGCCACCGAGUUUCCCGGUGAGCUUUCAGAUAUACCACGAGUCCUCGGUGCUGAAGCAACGCUUCUCAGCGACAGAGCUCAUGUUCUUGUGGUCGCAGACAUUGACUCUGAAGAUGGUCGAGCACUUCUGUCACGAACUAUGGAGCUUCAGAAGCAGCAUACUGAGAUUGAUGUAUUGAUCUUGCACAAUCCAUCAACAACUGCUGUUUCUGGGACUGCAGCUACUAGUCUCCAUAUUUUGACUCAAGACACCGGUCGGGAUGUUAGCUUGGAGCAGUUGCAAAGGUUGCUCGAAGACAACACCAGCACUGACGCUGGCACAGGUGAUGCAGCAGAAGCCGCCAGCGUUUAUUGGACUUCAAUGCAGGGACUAGUCAAAAGCCUUGGUCUAUUAGCGGGUCAAAGUGGCUUAUGGUUAAAUGGACGUGUUAUAGCUCCAUUGGAUCAAUCAUUCACCGAGGACGAUCUCGAGUCGCUGCUCGAAUAUGAGCGCAGAGAACGAAUUGCACCAGUCACCACUGCCAUCACCCGGCUGGGACUCGAAGAACGAUUUCACGACGCCUUGGACCUUGCCAAAGUCACUUCACUUGUUGCCAGAUCACUGAAGUCUGAUUUGCCGGAGGGUCUCAGAGAGUCGGCACCUUUAAUCAGAAUGGAUCGAUACAAGAUUUGGAAUGACACUUAUACAGCCAUCAAGGUGUCCAAUACAGAUGAGCCCACAAUACAGAUUGUUGCUGUCGUUGAUCCAGCUUCGGAGCUGGUGCAACAAUGGGUGCCGAUACUCAGAACACUGUCGCAGCUCAAUGGUGUCAGCGUGAAGGUUUUCCUGAAUCCCAAGGACAGAUUGACGGAAUUGCCAGUCAAACGAUUCUUCCGCCAGGUGAUCAGCGCCGAGCCUACCUUCGACAGCGAUGGCUCGCUCGAAAGACCGACGGCUUCCUUCCAACGAAUACCAGAAGAUACUCUUUUCAAUCUUGGUAUGGUCGUGCCUCCGUCCUGGCUAGUUGCGCCUAAGGAGUGUAUCUACGACCUUGACAACAUCAAAUUGAGCAACCUACCUGAUGGAGAGAACGUUUAUGCGUUGUACGAGCUUGAACAUAUACUCAUCGAAGGGCAUGCGCGGGACGUCACAACUGGUCCUCCACCAAGAGGUGUGGAACUUGUAGUUGGUACUAUGCAGGAGCCACAUUUCACAGACACUAUCAUUAUGGCAAACCUGGGAUACUUCCAGUUCAAGGCAAAUCCUGGCUUCUGGCACUUUUCGUUGAAGCCGGGCAAGUCUUCGAAAAUCUUUAACCUCGAUAGUGUUGGAGCUAGUGGCUAUGCGGCUCGAACAGGAGACGAAACGACUUCGGCAGCUCUCCUGUCGUUCCAAGGUGUAACAUUGUUCCCACGACUUUCACGAAAACCUGGGAUGGAAGAUGAAGAUGUCCUAGAGUCGUCGAUGCUUGGAGGAGCCUUGGAAUAUCUCAAUAAAGGCGCAUCGUUCGCUUCGUCCGCGCUAUCUUCUUUGGGAUUCAAGAAAGCAUCGUCUACCAACGCCGAAAUCAACAUCUUUUCGGUCGCAUCGGGCCACCUGUAUGAGCGUAUGCUCAACAUUAUGAUGGUGUCUGUUAUGAAGCAUACAAAGCACACAGUCAAAUUCUGGUUCAUCGAACAGUUCUUGUCGCCAUCCUUCAAGGCCACUCUGCCGGAUCUUGCGGAGCACUAUGGUUUCGACUUCGAAAUGGUCACAUAUAAGUGGCCACACUGGCUGCGAGGGCAAAAGGAGAAACAGCGCGAGAUCUGGGGCUACAAGAUCUUGUUCCUGGAUGUACUGUUCCCGUUGGACCUAGACAAAGUCAUUUUCGUGGACGCAGAUCAAAUUGUCCGAGUCGACAUGAUGGACUUGAACAGAGUCGAUCUGAAAGGAGCACCUUACGGCUUCACGCCGAUGUGUGAUUCUAGAACAGAGAUGGAAGGGUUCCGUUUUUGGAAACAAGGAUACUGGGAGACAUAUUUGCGCGGCAAACCCUAUCACAUUUCGGCUCUCUAUGUGGUCGACCUCAAGCGGUUCCGUCAAUUGGCAGCUGGUGACCGGCUGAGACAGCAGUAUCAGUCUCUUUCCUCCGAUCCAAACAGUCUGAGCAAUCUUGAUCAAGAUCUGCCCAACCAUAUGCAACAUGUGCUACCCAUCCACAGUCUUAGUCAAGAGUGGUUGUGGUGUGAGACGUGGUGCAGCGAUCAGGCUUUAUCAGUUGCGAAGACCAUAGAUCUGUGCAACAAUCCUUUGACCAAGGAGCCCAAGCUGGACAGGGCCAGGCGACAAGUCCCCGAGUGGACAGAGUAUGACGAGGAGAUUGCAGCCGUCCUCAAGCAGGCAGCAGACAGCAAGGAUCCCUCACCAGAACUGAAGGAGGCCGCUGAAGAAGUGAUCAGCGAUGAGCGGAAGAGAGACGAGUUAUGAUGUAAAAAGAUGUUCUUGGUGACCGAGACCACAU